CCUCACCGCUCCUGCGGCUCAGUGGUGCCCGUGCAGAUCAGCAGAGAUGGCAGAAGCUUCUGUGGCUGUUGAGUUACAGGUGUGUCUGCAGGGAGGACUUUCAUACGUCCUUUGGUGGUUAUUGCUGACAAGCCCAGCUCCCAUCACAGGGGUGAAUAUUGUGUCCCUGCUGAUCGCACAGGCUGAGCCCUGCUUUUGUAGGAUCCAUUCCUGGGAAAUGGAAAUAUUUUUCUCUAAGUUCCUCUGACAGGGAAUAUGCAAGACACAAGUGACAAGAUAUCCCUGGAACGAUCCAAACAGAUGAGGCAAGUGCUGAAGGAAAUGCUACCGGGAGGACAAGAGAUGGACAUAGUGCUUCAGUGGAAGGUGGCAUUUCCUGAAGGAAGCACUCCAUCUUCGGUGCCAGCCCAUGCUGCAGGAAGGAAGGCAAUGACAGACACGGGCACAGGCACAGCAGACUGGGAGGCUGGGAAGGAUUCUGCAUUAGCCUGGCGCUCUGAAGUUGUGAAGCCCUCUGGGCAUUCUGCAGGCGUGUCUGCAGGGACGCCUUCACCAACUCCUACCUUGGAUGCUGCACUCAAGCCCAGCUCCCAUGGCAGGGGUCCUACGACAGGAGAGACCAAAGACAUGGCAGGCAAGAAAUUCCAGGACCCAUUAGGAAUCAUGUGGCAAAUGCUGAAGGAACGUCUGCAGAGAAGGCAAGAAAUGAAAGGAGAGCCUGUGCACAUGGAAGCAUUACCCAGAGGAAGCAGUGGUUCCAUGCCAGCCUCUGCUCCACGAAGGGAGGCCAUACCAGACCCAGGCAUGGGAGAUGAGGUUGCUGGGAAGGCUUCUCCAUUAGCUUGGAUGAAUAAAGUUUCCAAGCCCUUGGAGCCUCCUGCAGAUGUGUCUACAGGGAGGACUUCUCCAGCUCCUACCUUGGAAGCUGCACAAAAGCCCAUCUCCCAUCAGAGUGUUACUCCAACAGGGAAAAUCCAAGAUACAACAGAUGAGAUAUCCCUGGAACCAUCCAAACAGAUGAGGCAAGAGCUGAAGGAACUCCUGCAGACAAGACAAGAGAUGGACAUAUUGCUUCAGUGGAAGGUGGCAUUUCUUGAAGGAAGCACUCCAUCUUCAGUGUCAGCCUCUGCUGCAGGAAAGAAGGCAAUGCCAGACACGGGCACAGGCACAGCAGACUGGGAUGCUGGGAAGGAUUCUCCGUUAGCCUGGCGCUAUGAAGUUUUGAAACCCUCUGGGCAUUCUGCAGAUGUGUCUGCAGGGACGACUUCACCAACUCCUACCUUGGAUGAUACAGAGAAGCCCAGCUCCCAUGGCAGGGGUCCUACGACAGGAGAGACCAAAGACAUGGCAGAAAAGAAAUUCCAGGACCCAUUAGAAAUCAUGUGGCAAAUGCUGAAGGAACGUCUGCAGAGAAAGCAAGAAAUGAAAGGAGAGCCUGUGCACAUGGAAGCACUUCCCAGAGGAAGCAGUGGUUCCGUGCCAGCCUCUGCUGCAGGAAGGGAGGCUGUACAAGGCACAGGCACAGGAGCUGAACCUGCUGGUGAAGGCCCCACAUCCAGGACUGAGGCUCUGGGAUAUGCUGAGGGUGUGUCUGCAGGGAGGACUUCUUCAGCUCCAGGGCUGGAUGCUUGGCCCCAACCCAGCUCCCAUGGCAGGGGUCCUCCAAAAGGAAAGACCCAAGAUACUGCAGCCAAAAAGUCUCAUGAGGCAGAUGAAUUCCUGAGAGAAACACAGAAGGAAGCACCCGGAGUACAAGUGAUGGACCAAAAGGCUGUUCAGAAGGAGGAACAGCCAGGGAGAAGCAGUGGCUCAUUGGCAGCCCUAGCUGCAGGAAGGAAGGCAAUGACAGACACGUGCACAGGCACAGCAGAUGCAGCCGGCACCACAAGACCUGUUCCCAAUGCCCAGGAUGGCCUCAGAAGGGGUUUCUGUCAGGGAACAGGCUGCUGGCUACUGUUACUGGCAAGUUUGCUUUGUUUGGGGCUUGUGUUCAUGUUGUACUGCUUUGGAAUCGGGUAUUCCUGGAAGAGAAAACAGAGCACCUCGGGACAGGAGUUGGAAGACGGUGGCUGCACCUCACACCCAGACAGCGUGAGCAGCUCCUCCAGCAGGAGGAACGGCCUGGACAGCCCUCUAAAGUGUUCUGUGAAGAGGACCCCAGAACAACCGUCGACGAGGAAGCCUCUUAUUGCCCCAUAGAUCCCACUGCCAUCUGCUCUCCCCAUGGGCCUCCCCAAGCUGCCUUCAUCCCUUUUUUUCUCUCCGUCUGUCCCAUCCCAGCCAACCCGAGUUCCUCUAGAGACCCCAGGACCAGCCCAGCACCUUCCAGCCCUU